CCCGCGUGCGUCUGCAGGCGAUGGCGGCCCCCUGGGCCCUCGUGGCGCUGCUGGCGCUGCCGGCGCUGGGGGCGCGGGACUCGCUGCUCAACGUCUGCAUGGACGCCACGCACCACAAGAGCAGCCCCGGCCCCGAGGGGCUGCUCUACGGGCAGUGCGCCCUGUGGAAGGACAACGCGUGCUGCACGGCCAACACCAGCGAGGAGGCGCACCGCGACCAGUCCUACCUGUACGGCUUCAACUGGGACCACUGCGGCGCCAUGCCCGCCCGCUGCAAGCGCCACUUCAUCCAGGACACCUGCCUCUACGAGUGCUCGCCCAACCUGGGGCCCUGGAUCAACCAGGCGGACUCGAGCUGGCGCCGGGAGCGCAUCCUGCACGUGCCGCUGUGCCGCGAGGACUGCGAGCAGUGGUGGGAGGACUGCCAGGACGCCCUCACCUGCAAGGUCAACUGGCACAAGGGCUGGAACUGGACCACAGGUCAGAGCGGGGACGGACCCCCACCCCCCCCAACCCCCCCCCCCCGACCCCCCGGGUUGUGA